AAGCGAAAUAUGUUUUCCAUUCAAUUAGUUUGUAAAUGAAAGUCGUCCCAGUAGGGAGUUUGUUAAGAAAGGUGAUUACAAGGAAUAUCUCAAGAAAACAAAAUGUCUUUCACCGAUUUUUAUGCAGACCAGCAGAUUUUUAUUACUGGGGCCACAGGAUUCAUUGGCAAAGUUCUCAUAGAGAAAAUCCUGCGUUCCCUACCACAUAUUUCCAAAAUUUUUGUCUUAAUUCGCAGCAAAAAGGGCAAAACUGCACAAGAAAGACUGGAGGAUAUUUUAACCACACCUCUUUUUCGUUGUGCGCGUGAAGAGCAACCCGAAGCCUUGAAAAAAGUCAUAGCCAUCGAUGGCGAUUGCAAGGAGCUGGGCCUGAACAUCAAGCCCUCAGAUUUGGAAAGAAUUCGUAAUGUCAAUUUGAUUUUUCAUGCCGCUGCCAGUGUACGUUUUGAUGAUCAUCUAAGACCGGCCAUAUUGCUUAAUACCCGAGGCACCCAUGAGCUGGUGAAAAUUGCCGAAAAUAUGCCCAAUUUAAAGGCCUUUCUACAUGUUUCAACGACAUAUGCAUAUCCCAACCAACAGACAUUGGAUGAAAAGUUAUAUCCUGCAUAUUCUGACUGGCGUACCACCAUCAAAUUAGCCGAAAAAUUUGAUACGGAAACUUUGAAUAUUCUUUUCCCAAAGUACAGUUUGAAUCAACCCAACACGUAUACAUUUACGAAAAGCUUGGCAGAACACAUAAUCAAUGAUUAUCGUCAUAAAAUUCCAGUGGGAAUACUACGACCCUCAAUAGUGAUUAGCUCACUUGAAGAUCCAUUCCCCGGUUGGAUUGACAACUUUAAUGGUCCCAUUGGCAUGCUGGUGGCUUGCGGCAUUGGCAUUAUGCGUACCACCCAUUCCGAUCCUGAUGUUGUUUCCGAUUUUGUUCCAGUGGAUUUUUGCGCUAGAGCUCUAUUGAUUGGUGCCUACAAAUUGGCUACUCAGCUACCUGAAGAGGGGCAGCAAAACGAAUUGCAAGUGGUGAAUUGUGCCAACUCACGUUUGAACAGUCUGAGUACCGGUGAUAUUAUCAAAAUGGGCAAACGUAUGAUAUUGGAUAAUCCAUUUGAAAUGUGCAUAUGGUUACCGGAAGGCGAUAUAACACGAUGUGCCGUAUGGCAUUUCAUAAGGCUUGUACUACUACAAUUAGUUCCAGCAAUAUUUCUAGAUUUUAUGAUGAAGCUGGCCAGAUACCCACCAUUCUUAGUAAGACUUCAACGGCGUAUUUAUGGCACAAGUAGUGCCCUCUACAUCUUCAUCAAUACAGAAUGGAAAUUCAUCAAUGACAAGUUGAUGGCGUUGGAGACCCUGUUAACUGAGAAAGAACAGAAAACAUUUGGUUUACUGAGAUAUAUCCAUGCCGAUAUUGAAGUCUUCCUGAAGAAUGGCAUAAGAGGUGCCAAAGAAUUUUUACUUAAAGAGAAUCCCGAGGCUUCCCCACAGGCUAGACUACGCCUCCGCAUUUACCAAGUGCUGCACUAUGCUAUCCAAAGUUGGGGACUUUUUUAUAUUAUACGAUUUUUAUGGAGAUCACUUAGUGGCUAUAUUUUUUGGCCGAAUCUAAUUAAUGAUGGUGUACAUCGCAAGAAAAAAUUGUACUCAGCUGUUUGCGAGACAUUACCUGGUAAUUAUAUCAUGGCAGUAGCAUUGUCCAUUCACAAUAACGUGACGAUUGACAUCGCUGUUAUGUCAUCAUCAUUAAGGCAGGACAUGUCUGUGGAACAGUUCUACGCCGAUAAGGAUAUCCUCAUAACAGGAGGAUCGGGAUUCAUCGGAAAAGUUCUAAUUGAGAAAAUCUUGAGAUCCUUGCCAAAUGUGGGCAAAAUAUAUCUACUGAUACGUUACAAAAAAGACAAAUCUCCCAAAGAGCGUUUGAAGGAAAUCUUGGACAAGCCUUGUUUUCGUCUUGCUCGAGAGCAGCAACCACAGGCUUUUGAAAAACUGGUUGCCAUAGAAGGCGAUAGUCAAGAACUUGGCUUAGGCAUUUCAUCAGAGGAUUUGCAGAAAAUUCAAAAUGUUUCGGUGAUAUUUCAUGUGGCUGCAACUGUGCGUUUUGAUGAAAAGAUUAAAACAGCAAUUCUACUCAAUACCCGUGGUUGCUACGAGUUGGUAAAAAUUGCCCAGAAUUUGUCCAAUCUUAAGGCAUUUAUUCAUGUUUCGACAGCGUAUUCACAUCCAUAUAGAUAUGACUUGAAGGAGAUGAUAUAUCCACUUUAUUAUGAUUGGCGUACUGCUAUUAAAUUAGCUGAAACCUACGAUGUGGAAACCCUAAAUCCCCUUUUUCCGAAAUUGGCCAGUAAACAUCCCAACACUUAUACUUUUACCAAAUAUCUAGCGGAGGCUAUAAUCGAUGAAUAUCGACACAAGCUUCCAGUUGCAAUAGUUCGCCCUUCAAUAGUGGUCAGUUCGUAUAAAGAACCUAUGCCUGGGUGGAUUGAUAAUAUCAAUGGACCGGUAGGAAUGCUUCUUGCAUGUGGUACCGGUAUUAUGCGAACCUCAUAUGGAAAUCCCCAUAUAGUAUCCGACAUGAUAUCUGUGGAUAUGUGUGCCAAUUCCCUUCUAGUUGCCGCCUAUAAAGUAGGCACAAAUCCGUCAACAAACAACAAUGGCGGCCCACUGGAAGUAUUCAAUUGUUGCCAAUCUUCGACGAAUCAUGUGACUACGGGCGAUAUUGUCAAUAUGGGUAAAGAAGUGGUUCUAAUUAAUCCCUUUGAGAAAUGUAUUUGGCUCCCCGAGGGCAGUAUAACACCUUGCCCUGUAUGGCACUAUUGGAGGCUUUUAACACUACAAAUAAUACCAGCAAUACUGCUUGAUGGUCUAUUAUUUUUGGCCAGAAAGCCUCCUUUCUUAGUAAAGGUGAAUCGACAUAUAUAUCAUACUACAAAAAUCCUGAAAACAUUUAUGAACAAUGAAUGGCUAUUCUACAAUGACAAAUUUAAAGAGUUGGAAACUGUCUUAACAGAUAAAGAUCUAUCAAAGUUUGGAUUUCUUGGAUUUUCUACGUGUGACAAAUUCGAAUACUAUCAAAAUUGUGGAAAAGGCAUCAAAGAAUUUCUGCUAAAUGAAAAGCCAAUUGCGUGUAAAGGUGCCCAUAUUCGGAUGAGAACUUUUCAGUUUUUACACUAUCUACUGCAGUUUCUACUUACCUAUCAUUUGGCUCGUUAUUUGCUGGAAAGUUUAUACAAAUAUGUAUGUAGAACAGUAUGAAAUCGUAAUGACAACUAAUAAAAUAUACUGAAUAAAACAAUUAUAAGUCGAAUGUGCAAAUAUCUCUA